CUUCUUCGUAAUUUAAUCCCUUAAUUCACUCACGUUUGUGUGAUAAAGCAGCCUGGAAAACAAAACAACCACGCAGCAAUAAUUCUCACAAUAACAACAACGAAGCUAAGUCACCAACACAAACUACUACAACCACAACUGGCAGUCCUACAUCGGAUGUGGGCAAAAAUACUCUACUGCAAAAUAAUGCCAACAGAAAACCAGUGCCUGGCACCACCAUCAGGGUCCUAGAAGAUCCCAUGUUUGAUGUAGAUGUUAUAUUGGCUUCAUCGGCCGCUGCAGGAGGACAGCCACAACAAACACAACAACAACAGCAGCAAGCCGCUAAUUUGUCUUCAUCCUCUAAUUCAACAACUACCACAGCUUCUACAGCUCGUACCACAGCCACAGACGUUCUAGAAAAGGCUCGUGAUCGUUUUGAUCGUUUUUGGGGCGGUAGCACUAGCAAAGAGGAAAGUGUUUAAGUCAAUAGAUUUUUAUUAAAUCACAAAUGAAACCAAUAAAGUCUCAAAGUAUAUUUAUUCUGAUGAAAAAUAUACAAAGAAAAACAA